AUGGACAGGUUCAUAACGAGGGGGAAGAGGAAAGCCGAGUCGACGCUGGAGGAAAACGUGGACACCACGCAAGUAAAGCAGACUAUCACCGCCUUGUAUAAUCCCAUUGACAACACUCCAGACGGUGAUGGAGAAUCAACCGAUAUCAAACUGGCCAUACUUGCUUCAUUGCAUCCAGACUUCGGUCCUGAUGCAUUACUGGAUCUUCUAAUCGCCCACGAUGGAUCCGUGGAAGCCACCACGGAGGCUCUGAAAAGCACCCAGGGCGCAGGGCAGAUAGCCAAGAAAUCGUCAGGUAUCACUUUACAGGCUUCUUUACGCUCUUUCGCCGUUCCGGCAUCUACCACCGGCGAUGGCGACCAUGGCGGUGCUAGUACUAUCCCCAAGAAACCCAAGCUCCUUUCCCGGAAAGGCGCAACACUCCAUCUCUACGACCCCUCCGACAUCAGCACUCACACCCCUUGCACCCUCUUGGAAGAAGCCAAGACCUUCGGCAAAGCCACGUUCAAGCUCUUCGAUAACGUAGUCUCCAGCCCCCACACAUCCGGCUUCUUUGUCGGGAGCGAUUACGAGCUCGCCGAGCAAAAAUCGGCCUACUUCUACAACGGCGCGCGCCUCUCCGAUAUCCGCCGCCUGACGCCUCAGCUGGAAACAGUGCGGCCGUUGGUGCAGGACGCCGUUAAUAACGAGAUCCAGCAGCGCAUUCGUACUCACCACCUGUACGGCGGCAAAAAACUCAAGUACCAGUCCCCCGACCGUUGGUCGCCCAAUGCGGCGUUUGUGAACUUGUACGAUGGCCCGGAGCAGAAUGUCGGCUGGCACAGCGACCAGUUGACUUAUCUCGGUCCGCGGGCCGUCAUCGGAUCUCUUUCGCUUGGCGUGGCAAGGGAGUUUCGGGUGCGGAGGAUCUUGCCCAAGGAUAAGGACCAAGACGGUAACUCCUCCAGCACCACAUCCAACGCCAACCUCGACUCCCUAAACGAAGGUCAAAUCUCCAUCCACCUCCCGCACAACUCCCUCCUCGUCAUGCACGCCGACAUGCAAGAGGAGUGGAAGCACUGCGUGACGCCAGCGCAGGCCAUCGAUCCACACCCGAUUGCGGGCAAGCGACGCAUCAACGUCACAUACCGUGAUUAUCGGCCCGAGUUCCACCCGCGGUACACACCGCGGUGCGCUUGCGGAAUCCCUACGAUUCUGCGGGUGGUGCAGAAGAAGAGGGAGAAUUGGGGCAGGUAUUUCUGGAUGUGUCACGCCGGAAAUCAGCCGGGCAAAGAGGCCUGCUCAUUCUUCCAGUGGGCAGAGUUUGAUGAUGACGGGAGGCCGUUGUGGAAAAAGGGCACGGGCACUAGAACUGCCGGGCUAGAACUUGAUACAAGAGAGUCCGCUCAAGCACCGCAGAGCCCGGAUAUGGAGCAGUAGUCAUCAACAGCGAGUCCUGAACAUGCCCCCUCAGUGAGAACAACACAACCGAUGGCAGAACAGC